AAAGGGGCUAUCCCACGGCCGCAGCUGGGCGAGGUGCCCGCGGAGCAGCCGCGCCCGGCCCGACAGCGCGGCGGGCCCGGGGCGUGUUCCGGGCGGUGCCGCAGCCCCGGGGCGGUGCCGCUCGCGGGCCCGGCGGGAGCAGCUGCGGCGGGAGCCGGGAGCGGCUGUCAGGGCGCGGCAGAGCCUGUGUGUGUGUUUGUGGGGCGGGCAGCCAUGCGGCGCUGGAGGCUCCUUCUCUUCCCCGUGCUCCUCGGCGUGCUGGUCCCCGUCAGAGGCAAUUUUGAUGACUUCAACUUAGAAGAUGCACUUGGAGAGAUAAAGACGACAAAGAAGCCUCUUCCAUCUCAGAAGACACCACCACAGGACUUUGAUGAUUUUAACUUGGAUGAUGCUCUUCAUCCUGAUGGUCCCAAGCCAAAUCCUCCUGCAAAACCUAGAGACACUGAUAACCCCAAGCGAGAUCAACCUAAAGACACUGGCACAUUUGAUGAUACAGAUCUACUUGAUGGCAAUUCGCCAAAAGGAGGAGGUGAUGGGAGUGGCAGCAAUGAACGAAGGGGCCAAACUCCAAAUAAUGGCCAAGAAGAUGAGGCUUCUCAGGGAGCAAUAGCUGGAAUUGUAAGUGCUGUGGCUGCUACUGUAAUUGGGGCAGUAUCUAGUUUCAUUGCUUACCAGAAGAAGAAACUCUGUUUCAAGCAAAGCGAUGAAGAGAAUGUGAAUAUGGAUAGCCAUAGGGGAGCACAAUCUGAGCCACCUGUUCAGCGCACGCUUCUGGAGAACUAAAUUAAAGAAAACGUGAUGAAGAACAGAUCUUGAAACUGGAUAGAGAGCUUGCCUUCUGCCUGAAAAAAAGAAAAGGACACAAAAAAAGCAUAACAUAAACAGCAGAGUCUGAAGUUGCAUUAGAAAACUGUUCUUGUUUGAAACAUCUCUGGGAGUGUGACUUAGACCUGAGUACUUCUGUAUGGUUAGCCCUGUGAAGCAUUGUUGCACACCAAUACAUGGCCUUAAUGACAGGAGUGUAGAAGUAUGUUGUGCCUUUACAUUCUUGCCUUUGCUCCUCUGACAACUGGGUGUGUCUCAAAUGCAUUUGGUAUGUUUAACUUUUCCUUACCUCUCCAAAAACAAUAAGCAGUUAAGGUUUUGUUAUGUCAUUGCUUUCAGGCAGUACAAGCAUUUUCUUUUAAUACCCUGUGUGCAGUGAGUGUGCCAACCAACCAGUCUGGUGUAUAUUAUGGGCACCGGAAAGCAAGUGGCUCACUGUGUAUGAAUGAUGGAUGUGGGUGUGGGUGCUGCUGACCCAAUCUAUGUAGCUGCCUGGGUCAGCCACCAGGGAAGAGAUACUUGUUCUUGAGCAUUCAAGAGACAAAAAUUCAGUUUUGUUUUUGCAUUUUUUUUCAUUGCAUCUGUCUGGUACAGAUUGAGAAAACCCAAACUUAGUGCAUACAGACCCUUCAUCCUUUCUGGCUCUUCCUGCUUUGCGAGUACUGAGCUGGUCAGUUGUGGAAAAGCCUUAUUUGCACAUCAGAACCAUAGCUGGAUUUUGUAUAUCCAGCAAGGUCGAUAUUUGGCAUUGUCUAAAUAGUUGUGGCUGAAGCACUGGGGAGUGGGGAUUAACAUCUUUAGACUUCCAUAACCAAAAGCUUAACAUCAAAUAAUGUUGAAUUCAGAAGGUGUAUCAUACACAUGGAAGGGACAGAAACAGUACUACAGGUCAAAAGUACAAAAUAGCAAGACUGACCAGAACAACCCAACCCCACUCCACAGGCAUCCACUGAACAGUAUAAAUAGCAUACGUGUGAGAAGUGCUUUUGGACUUGUGAAGGAUUGCCCUUGGGAUGACAACCUAUGACUGCAUCCUUAUUUGAAAGCACUUGAGAACUGUGCUGUGGCUCUUGAAAGUGAAAGGAAGGUUUCAAGGAUCUGUGGAAACAUGGAAAACUGCAACUCAUAACAACUAAAGGACUAAAUCUGGAAUAAUAACUAGUUCCGUCUGGAAGGAAUAGUCUGACCAGUUUUGUUGGCUUUCAUUCUAAUUCUUUUAAAUUUUCAUGCAGUUUUACAAUAUGUGUCUUACUAAUGUGUUUUAGCCACCUGACAAAGUUCUACAGGAAGAUGACAUUUCAUGGAACAUCUUAGAAGUCAUUACUGAAUUUGGAUAUUAAACCUGUAAAUAUAUCUGUACAUUCAAAUAUGAAUGUAUGCCAAGGAUAAUUCAUUUAAGAAUUUCUUGUACAUGUUUCUUAGCUUGCAACAAAGCUUUACACAGAUUUUAGUAUUUUGUUAUGGAAUUAAUUUGUAAGCCUCUUGCCCCACUUCUGCUUUUGGUACAAAAGUGCUAAAACCUUUAAGUGUGUUUGAGAGUGCAAAAGUGGUUAUUAUAUAAACAUAUGCUCUAUGUAAAUACAAAGAAACGUCCCGCUCACCUGAAUGAAUAAAUAGGUAUCUCAUAUCAA